UCUCUACGUCCGUGUCGCAUUCUCCUGCGCAGCGCCAACGCUCUGUUUGUGAUGAGGCGGGAAAUGGCGUCCGAAAACUCGGUUGGUCUGUGACUAGCCGCCUGAGCGACGGACACGGUAGGCGGCAACAAACACGGCUCGACUUCUGUCGGUGGCCGCCACGGUCGCGGCCGACGCUGACAACGCUUCGGCUGGUUUUAAUGAGCUUCCGUUGUUAUCGAUUUUUCUAUGUGACGUUGGAGCAUGAUGAGGCUGAGAGUGCGUAAAGCUCCUCAGCAGCUGAACCGAGGCCACCGAACGCAUCCGUCCCAGGCCAAACGGAAACAUUGCGACGUGAAGCCGUCACCAGUGAGGGGUCGAGGCAAGAUGCAGAAGAACGAAACAGGCCUGUUCUCUACUAUAAAGAAAUUUAUUCGAGGAAAUGCUGUUAAGGUGGAGCAGGAGAUCCCAGCCAAGAGAAGUCGCACAGAUUGUAAUGCAAACAAUGAUCUCAUUACUUCAACACCUCAGACCAGAGGUCUCUCCAACAAAUCAGUCUCCAGAGUUGGCAGGAAAACUCAAAGUAAAGACACGAUGACCUGCAACAAUAUACCCCUGAAACCAAAUGGUAAACUAGAGGCCCCAGUCGACACGUCCAGCAGCCCGCCACGUACAACGCUACUCGGGACCAUCUUCUCCCCGGUCUUCAACUUUUUCUCACCAGCAACUAAAACUGCCACCCCAGGCUCUGAUUCUCCGGGACAAGCAGUAGAAGCUGAGGAAAUCAUGAAGCAGCUGGACAUAGAACAGGCUGAGGAAAUGCCCAGCAGCACUUUCACAUCCAGAGAAGGAAUCACUCCGUGUCACACCAUCCCCAUCCUACCACAGAGGCUUCAGAUCUCCUCAGAAACAACAAUAGAAGGAGAGAUUGUCACUGAAACUGACAUACCCCCACUAACAGCUCCUGGGUGUAUGCCAGACGGCAGCUACCCCCACCCGCUCCCCUCAGCACCUGCUGAAACCUCGUAUGAUGAGGAAUGGGAAGUUUUUGACCCAUACUUCUUCAUCAAGCACGUGCCUCCGCUGACAGAAGAACAGUUAACACGGAAACCAGCGUUACCUUUGAAAACACGCAGCACGCCCGAGUUCUCCCUGGUCCUAGAUCUGGAUGAAACUCUGGUUCACUGCAGUCUGAAUGAAUUAGAUGAUGCAGCCCUGACAUUCCCAGUCCUCUUCCAGGAUGUAAUAUACCAGGUUUACGUUCGGUUGAGGCCCUUUUUUCGAGAGUUUCUUGAGCGCAUGUCUCAGUUGUACGAGAUUAUUCUCUUCACGGCUUCAAAGAAGGUCUAUGCUGAUAAGUUGCUCAACAUCUUGGAUCCGAAAAAACAAUUAGUAAGACACAGACUAUUUCGAGAACAUUGUGUUUGUGUUCAAGGGAAUUAUAUUAAAGACCUGAACAUUCUUGGGCGGGAUCUUUCGAAGACUGUAAUAAUUGAUAACUCACCCCAAGCCUUCGCUUAUCAGCUUUCUAAUGGAAUCCCCAUCGAGAGCUGGUUUGUGGAUAGAAACGACAACGAGCUUCUAAAGCUUGUUCCCUUUCUGGAGAAGCUUGUGGAGCUGGUCAGUUACGACUCAUGUUUCCUCCGUCCCACAGAACGGAGACGUCAGGCCGCACAUCCGAGAACAUUUUCGUUUGCAUGACCUCCUGCCUCCAGACUGAAGAACUCUACUUCAUCUUUCAUUUCAAGAUGGCAACAAGAUGGAUCAGUGGUUUUCCCUUUUCAUACACAGCAUUGCCCCUUUCUUUACUUUUUUUAAUAUCAAAAGCUAUGUUUCUGUCAAAAGUCUUCGAUGUCUUAUUACUUUUUUCUAUACCAACUAAACCACUUGGAACAACAAAACGGCCUUCUGGAUGGUAGUUCAACCCUUUUGGAUGAACAAAACUGAAUGUCACGUGUUGGGUAAUGCAGACCUUGGUGGUUUCAGCCUUGAGCGGCCAGUUAAAUUUGUAUAUUCUCUCUAUUUACCUGUAAAUAUAUGUACAUAAUUGUUAUUUUUCUUUAAGGUUUUUAAGUCGUUUUACUUCCGUUUAAAAUGUUAGUAUGUACUUUUAAUUGGUUGCUUUUAUAAACCCACAAAAUGUUUUUUGUCAUUCAAAUUAUUGAUAAGCCGCAGUUUUUUGUUGUAUGCCUGCAGUAUUCCUGUGAUGCUUUUCUUCAUUACAUGCAGUUGUCUGUAAUAAGGUGCAGUUUUCAAACAAAUGUUUCUCUGGGAGAGAAAUUAUUAUGAAAUAUUUUAAAAUUAAGACGUAUAAGCUAGAAUAAGGUCUCAAAUGAAUACAAAGCCAUAAUGGCCAAACAAUAAUUGUAGAGAUUUGUAUUUGGGUCCAUUUCUGAUUUUGACACUUUGAUGGAGGUGGGGGGGUCAGGCAUCUUGCACUUUGACAUCUAGCCCUUUGUAAGUUGAUAUAAAUUCUUGUCACUUUUCUACACAGGUGUCUAUCACCUUAAUUUGUUGUUUGAGGGGUGAAUAUAAAAUUGUAGCACCAGCAAAAUUGCCAACAUGUCUGCUUUGAAACCUUGGUUUCCAAAUCGUUGUGUCUGUUGAAUCUUUGAUGACGUAGGAGUCACAAGUUUUAUUGACUAUUGAAUGAUCACUCCUGGUGUAUUCAGUGUUAACUCGAUGGUUUCCUCCAAAAUAAAAGAAUUUUUAUACGA